AGAGGCCCUCCACUCCACCACGCUUACUUUGGCCUCUGGAGAGCCCUUUAGGUGUAAAUGCACCUUGCUGUCCUCUUUUGACUCUCUCCUCCAUCCCUGCUCUCCGCCCUCCCUUUCCUUGCUUCUCUUGGGUCGGCCAAGGCUCUUAUGUAUAUAUAAGAGACGGAACCUCUUGCCUUGACCCUCGUCCUUGCCUUCUCCAAGGAGAAAGGAAAACGGACGAAGAACAGAAAAAAAGAAAGAAAACAACUCCCGUAUAUCUCUCUUGAGUCGCUUCUAGACGUAGAGAAAGGGGAAAGAGGGUGACAUGGGGAGACCUCCUUGCUGCGAUAAGGUUGGUGUGAAGAAGGGCCCUUGGACUCCAGAAGAGGAUCUCAUUCUAGUCUCCCACAUCCAAGAGCAUGGCCCUGGGAACUGGAGGGCUGUGCCUACUAGUACUGGGCUGAUGAGAUGCAACAAGAGCUGUAGGCUAAGAUGGACUAAUUACCUGAGGCCAGGGAUCAAGCGAGGCAACUUCACAGAACAAGAGGAGAAGCUCAUAAUCCAUCUCCAAGCUCUUCUUGGCAAUAGAUGGGCAGCCAUAGCUUCUUAUCUCCCAGAGAGAACUGAUAAUGACAUCAAGAACUAUUGGAACACCCAUCUGAAGAAGAAACUAAAGAAGCUCCAAGCUGGUGAUGGCAGCUCAAUGAGUGGUGGGCUUUCUUGUGAUCAAUCCGUCCCCAAAGGCCAGUGGGAGAGGAGGCUCCAAACUGACAUCCAUAUGGCAAAGCAAGCAUUAAGAGAGGCACUGUCUUUAGACAAGCCCAAUUGCCUAGCAGAAUUGAAGCCCUCCAAUGGCAGCUACUCUUUUACAAAACUAAGCCAACCGGCAACAUCGUCAUCGAUGACACCCUAUGCAUCAAAUACUGAGAACAUAUCACGACUGCUCGAAGGGUGGAUGAAGAAUCCACCCAAGUCGAGAGCAGCUCAGACCAAUUCGGAGUCUACGCAACAUUCGAUCAACAAUAUGGUUGGGACUGACUCAUCCUCCAGCGAGGAAUCAGCCAGUGCAGCCAACCAUGAUCUCACUGCAGCGCCAACUAUGCUUGAAUCAUUGCUCAAUGUGGACUCGUCGACACCAGAGAUGUCUGAAACAAGCUUCUUCCAAGGUGAAAGCAGUACAAUCUCAGAUUCACACAUGCCACUCUCCUCGCUUGAGACCUGGCUCUUGGAUGAAUUUUUUGGUUCAGUGAAGGUAGAACUAAUUGACAUGCCAUUAGGUGAUACUACCGAGCUGAUCUAAACCAAGUGCUGUUGGAGUGGGUUUUUGGUUCAUUUUUCGUGUAGGCCUUGGACUGAUUCCGAUUAGAAAGAGCUCUCAAUGCCAAUGAAGAAGUGUGAAUUCUAAAUAUCCACAUGGACAUGCAGUGUUAUAUAAGUCAACUCGCGGGAGUUCGAGAAUAAUUUCUACCUGUGAGGUCUUCUGUGAAGUCUUUGAAACUAUCUUUUGUAAGGGGUUUUUUUUCUUGGGUGAUGUCAGAUAGAUUAAACUAUAGGACUUUUUUAGUCUUGUUCACUUCUGAAUUGUAAUCAAGCGGUGUGUAGAAAGGAAGGAUUGUCAUGUCCAGAAAAUGUGGUUAAUUAUUACUUCUCUGUACUCUGUUAGUUUUCUGAUUUGGCAGUCUAAUGAAUGUGUUUUAAGAA